CGUUAUCAUCCUUACCACCGCUGCCACCACAACCACCACCACGAUUACGAGUACUACCUCCCCAUCCUCAGCCUGGUGCAUCCUCCCGAGAUCUGGCACUGCCCAUUUCUGUCUUUCGCCUCCGUAUCAUCGUCGUUGUACCGAUACGCUUCUACGAUACCUUGCUAGGGGUGCUCUGAACCCCUGCCACCUUUCAUCCUGCAUCGGUACUUCCACUUCGUUCGGUCCAAGGUCCUUGGCCUGUUCAAAGCUGGUCGAAUGCACUCGAGUCCUCUGCCGAUCUCCAUGCUACUUUGACUCCCUGGCUACUUGGCUGCUGCUACAUCUUUGUUCCCUUGCAAUAUACAGACCCCUCGUCGCCUGACCUCUGACCUCCGGACCUCAAUGGCGUGCCUCGUAUCAACCAGCACCACCAGCUGACGAUUGACACUGAUCCUGUGCUCUUCUGACCCUCCAGAUCGGACUGCACCUUUGUACGACUACGAGGAUAUUCCUAGCCUCGUCACGCUUACUCCCCGCCGCGUGAGGGGCCUAUUGCUGUGCACCCGUGGUCGAGUGCGAAUUGUAUACAACACUUCUACAUCAUGGAGCCAAUCUCCGCCACCACAACCAUGUCUUCUCUUUCACCUCAACGCCAGCCCGACUCACCAAGGCCGAUGACUCCCGCCAGUCCGAUGAUCGAGGCUACUACCGCCUUCGACCAGCCGGUCAAGCUGAAAGGGCGUCAUCGACUGCUUCAAGGCUUGCAGCGCAUGUCUUCCUCCCCCUCGCUGGCUAAGUUGGGGAGGACGAGGUCGAGCGAAAAGGUCUACAAAUCGGGCCAGAGAGCAUCAAUUUCCUGCGUCUCUCUGGGUUCUCCCACCGGCUCGUAUUCUUUGUCACCACCGAAUUCCUAUACUCCCCAGCUAUCCAAUGCCUACUCCACCGCACCAACCACUCCUGGUACGCCGGGAAGUCAACAGUCCUACUUCGAAGCCAACUCCAGGCUACGCCUGAUCGAAUCAAACGAACUCGCAACGGCCUCUCUCCCUCUUGACAUCCGAACGUCCAAACCCCUCUCUACACCCUUGCCUGAGAUCUCGGAGAAACCCUUCCUGCGUCGGCCGAAUUUUGAUUUUUGGAAAGAUAUGCCCCACGAGCUUCGAAUACAUAUUUUAGGUUUCUUAUCACCGAAAGAAAUCAUAAGAGUAUCUGCAGUAUCCAAACAAUGGCAUGACAUGUGCUUUGACGGGCAGUUAUGGACCAGCCUCGACUGCCAGACAUAUUAUCAGCAAAUAACAUCUGAUGCCCUGAUCAAGAUCAUGCUCAAGGCCGGAGCGUUCGUCAAGAAUCUCAACUUGAGAGGAUGUGUCCAGCUGCGCGACCAGUGGUUGAGUCUAGGGACGAGAAUGACAAACCAAGAAUGUAGGAAUCUUGAGAAUUUCAGCAUCGAGGGAUGCAAAAUCGAACGAUCGUCUAUACACUUCUUUCUGUUGAGAAAUCCGAGGCUCGUCCAUAUCAACAUGCCUAGUAUGCAAAACAUUAACAACGCUACCAUGAAAAUCAUUGCCUGCCACUGCCCGCAACUGGAGCUACUGAACAUCGACUGGUGCUCUCAGAUUGAUACGAAGGGUCUCAGAAAAGUGAUUCAAUCAUGCCCAAACUUGAGAGAUCUACGAGCCUCUGAGGUUAGAGGACUGGACGAUACGGAUUUCAUGCUGGAACUCUUCCAAAGAAAUACUCUUGAACGACUUAUUCUUCAGCACUGUGAGAGUUUGACGGACGAGGCUCUGCAAAUAAUGGUUCACGGCCUGGACCCGGAGCGAGAUGUGCUCACCGACAGACCCCUUGUGCCACCCCGUAGGCUACGGCACCUAGAUAUCUCGAGAUGCAGGAGUCUUACCGACCGGGGCGUCAGAGCCCUUGCCCAUAAUGUUCCAUUCCUGGAAGGGCUUCGUCUUUGCCAGAAUACAGCGUUGACGGACGACGCGCUGGAGGAUCUUCUGCAGUCGACACAUCGACUAACUCAUCUAGAGGUGGAGGAGGUUGACCAAUUGACGAACGCAACGUUGAUCAAUCUAUCCAAGGCCAGAGCGGCAAGCACCCUGGAGCAUCUGAGCAUAUCAUACUGCGAGCUGAUAGGCGAUGUGGGUGUGCUCCCUCUACUGAAGGCAUGCCCAGAAAUCAAAUCUCUUUGUCUGGACAACACCAAAAUCUCAGAUCUCGUCCUCAUGGAAGCUUCAGAACAAGUUCGCAGACGAGGAAGUACCACCAAGAGGUCGCAGAUACCCAAAAAGGGUCUGGAACUGGUCGCCUUUGAUUGCGCCAACGUGACAUGGGCUGGCGUUCGCGAGAUCCUCCAAGGGAAUGGCCGAGUCAUGCAGGGCCGGAAAAAAUCCGUCGUCCAGACAGUAGUGGAGGAACUCGGUGAUGAGAAGAAGUACAGAAAGGUGAUCGAGAUCCAAGAGCUGCUUUAUCCGAGCCAGAUCAUCCACCUCAAGGCGUUCUACGGCUGGCAGCAGACCGUGGAGGAGCACUAUAAGAGAUGUGUAACUGGCCGGUGGAAUGCUGCGGCACGUCUGGAAGAGAAGUGGGCGGACUGGAUGGUGGCGAGUGAAGAGGUGGGUGUCAUUAACCACGGAUGGAACUCCAGACGCAGACGCCGUCGAGCCCGUGAAGCAGAAAAUCGAGUCCGGGACGAUGAGGAUGGUGCGGCUCAAGACACGGGGACAGGCGACGAAGGAAGUGGUUUGGAUUAUGCAACGCGGCCGGCCCACGGUGGACGACGCCGUGCGCGCAGCGGCGGCUGUGUUGUGAUGUGAUGGAAAUCUAUCUGCAGUCUAACAGAUUGCGGGUGUCUCGAGCUGGUUCUGGCAAUGCCAGGCUGGAGUUACGGAGAACACGACUAUGACUGUGGGCUAUUUGCGCUUUUUGGGGAGUUGGGAUAUUGUUUGAGAUCCAUGCGAUGUCGUGGGUUUUUUUUGUCGUUAAGCGAUCCCUUGGUCAUUCAAGGUACAUGAUGUUGGAGUAUGUGAUGAAUGCAUUUACCGGUCCACAUGGGAGUUGAGAGUGCUGGCAGACAAGCUACAGUAGGAGUGUUUGAUCGCAUGGGCUUAGUCAGGGACCCAGUGUCCGUACAAUGUCAGAAUACAAGCAAGAUGUUCA